GCGACAACGUUAUCGUUAUCUCACAAGUUCAACAAGUCACUACUCUACUUAGUUAUUUUUGCUUUAUCAGUGUUACCGAAAGGAAUGUAACGUGUCACAUAGCUAUUAUUCGUAAAUCAUGAUAUUUUGAAUGAUACACUUUCUGUCCUAAUUUUCAUUUGCAUCUUGGCAGAAAAUUGAAACAUGGUGUAAUCAUUAGUGUGACCGCUUGAUGUAAGUCAAAUUUCUCUGGAUUCCAGUGGUGUAUCAUAUUACAGAGAAGAUUGCAAAUCAUCAUAUCAGCAAUGAAGCUCAUUCACAGAAACAUAGAGAAAGAUGGCAAAGGGAGUAUCACACUCAUGCCAGAAGAGCAGGAGGAUAUGUGGCAUGCUUAUAAUCUAAUAAGUGAAGGUGAUACUGUUCGUGCUUCAACAAUCAGGAAAGUGCAGAAUGAAUCCUCAACUGGCUCUUCAACGAGUAGCAGAGUUCGAACAACAUUGACAAUCUGUGUUGAGACAAUUGAUUUCGACACACAGGGAUGUAUGCUGCGCCUUAAAGGAAGAAAUGUUGAAGAAAAUCAAUAUGUCAAAAUGGGAGCUUAUCAUACUUUGGAUCUGGAAGUGAAUCGAAAAUUUUCACUGAUUAAAGAAGAAUGGGACUCCAUAUCUCUAGAACGUGUUGAAAUGGCAUGUGAUAUAACUCAGAAUGCAGAUAUGGCUGCUGUUGUUAUGCAAGAAGGCUUUGCACAGAUUUGUCUCAUAACCAACAACAUGACCAUUGUGCGAAUGAAAAUAGACAUGAAUAUCCCAAGGAAACGUAAAGGAAAUGUCAAACAACAUGAGAAGGGUCUGGCAAGAUUUUUUGAGAGUGUCAUGCAAGGUAUCUUGAGACAUGUAAACUUUGAUGUUGUUAAAUGCGUCAUCAUUGCUAGCCCUGGUUUUGUUCGCGACCAGUUUUACAACUACAUGUUUCAGGAAGCUGUAAAAUUAGACAACAAAGUUCUUAUAGAAAACAAAAGUAAAUUCCUUUUGGUCCAUUCUUCGAGUGGAUUCAAGCACUCAUUGAAAGAGGUUCUGAUGGAUCCAGCAGUGAUCAACAGUGUUUCUAACACCAAAGCAAUGGCAGAAGUCAAGGCAUUGGAAACGUUUUACCAAAUGCUUCAAACAGAACCAUCAAAAGCAUUUUACGGGUACAAUCAUGUUUUGAAGGCAAACGAAGCUCAGGCCAUUGAAACGCUUCUCAUCUCAGAUAAACUUUUCAGAGUUCAAGAUGUUGCCAAACGGAAACAGUACGUUAGUCUUGUCGACAGUGUACGUGAAAGUGGUGGAGAUGUGAAGAUUUUCUCAAGUUUACACAUUUCUGGAGAACAGCUAGAUCAGCUGACUGGUAUCGCCGCCAUCCUGAGAUUUCCUUUGCCUGAUCUGGAAGAUGAGGAUGAUGAAGAUGAAGAUUCAGAUGGAGGCUGAGUAUACUCUGGCUAAAAGAGUUUCUAACCCAGUUUGAGGACAUCCUACUGGCUUCAAGGACGAUGACCCCAAAUUAAACUUGUGAGUCAAGUAUUUGAUAGAAGCUCCUGAACAUUUUUUGGUCAUCUUCAGGAACUUGAAUACAGUUCGGGCCAUUUAAAAUCAAAUUCCAGAAUCAAAUUUUUUUGAUCCAAACUUUGUCGGGUUAAAAAGAGCUCUGUUAAUUUUUCUGGCUUGAAUCAAUUUUCAGAGCGGAACUGAAAAAAGAAUUAUUGAAGUCAAACAGAAUGUAUUGUUCAAAUCUCAUAUCUGCAAACUUUGUCCCUCAAGCUCAAUAAAGCCUUGGUUUUUCUUGUUAAGCUUA